AUGGUAUUUACACAAAGUAAAAGGAAAUCAGUAAAAGAAGCUCGACAGAGCAAGUAUGAUCUCAUGAAAGAAGGGAAAAAUGUUCAAAACUUUCAAGUGGUACUAGAAAGUAAAGAAAGAAGUGGGCUGAGUGGCUGUGACCCUCAGGUUUGGUUCUGCUGUUUGCUGAGGCACCCCAUUGCUCUGCAGAUUCUGCCCAUUGCAAGGACCUCACCCAGAGUCACACUGUGUGCCCUGUGGACUCUUGUUGCACCCUAUUUGCCUUCCUGUGAAGACUCAUGUUCUACCUCUGCAAACACUGGCACCCUGCGUGGUGUUCAGCGGAAAGCUUGUCUAGAUGCCGCUGAACUUGGUGAAGGGACCCGCUCCCCCAACACAAGGUACGGCAGUUGUGUGGGUCAGAAAGAGAGACAACUGUUGGGAGUUUGCUCUUCCCCAGAAGCCUCCAGAACAAACAUGUCUCCUGGCACAACAUGUAAACACUUUGCAGCUCUGGGGAGGAAGACCAGGCCUGUAGGAAAAGCUUUUUGGCAUCAGAACUGGGAUCCAAUGAAAAUCUCCAAUUCCUCUCCUACCAGUGAGCAUUCACUGGAUGCUGUUUCCCCUACCUAAGGUUGGGUAAGUUCUCUUGGAUCUGAGCUCUGCAUUUAGCGUUUUGAGCUCUCC